CACACACCUAACACACACACACCCAGCACGCGAGACAGCAACGCACAAAGGCCGCCGCCUCCUCCGCCCCACUCUGCGAUGCCACCGGAGGAGCUCUUGGCCGCCCUUGACACCAAUCCCUCCGUAACAAAAAGCAGAGGCGGGAGCCGGCCGGAAAGCUCUCCAUCCUCCUCCGCCUGAACCUCUGGCCUCUCCUCCUCCCAAGGCCCUGCUUCUGCUUCUGCUUCUUCCUCCUCUUCCUCCCUCGCAGCCACGUCAUGGGAAAUAAAUAAAUAAUCCCAUUCAGCCAGAGACAGCGGCGGCGGCAAGAGUAGGAAAGCCAGCCCACGACACAAGAGAGAGAGAGCCAGGCAACAACAUAAACUCUAAAGACUUUUUAAAAUGCCACCAUCAACAUCACCGCAGUAUGCUCCCCCUGAUGGAGGAUGGGGCUGGGUCGUGGUCUUCGGAGCUUUCAUCUCCAUUGGAUUUUCCUAUGCAUUCCCUAAAGCCAUCACAGUGUUCUUCAAGGAAAUACAGGAGAUCUUCGACACAUCGUAUAGCCAGAUAGCUUGGAUAUCAUCUAUCAUGUUGGCUGUCAUGUAUGCAGGAGGCCCCAUAAGCAGUGUCCUGGUGAACAAAUAUGGCAGCAGACCAGUCAUGAUAGCUGGAGGAAUACUGGCUUCAUUUGGAAUGAUUGGUUCCUCUUUCUGCAACAGUGUCUUAGAGCUUUACAUGUGUGUUGGUGUUAUUGGAGGUUUAGGCUUGGCUUUCAACUUGCAGCCAGCUCUGACUAUGAUUGGCAAGUAUUUUUACAAAAAGCGUCCCAUUGCGAAUGGACUGGCCAUGGCUGGGAGUCCAGUCUUUCUAAGUACUUUGGCCCCUCUCAAUCAGUUUCUUUUUAAUGUUUUUGGUUGGAAAGGAAGCUUUCUCAUUUUGGGAGGACUUCUUUUGAACUGCUGUGUAGCUGGGUCACUUAUGAGGCCUGUUGGACCAACACCUGCACCUGCUGCAAAAAAGGAUGUGGAAAAGGGGAAAGGAGAGUCUGCCUUGCACAAGAAUGACAAGAAAUCCGUUUGGCAAACCAUCAAUAAAUACUUAGAUUUAUCCCUCUUCAAACACAGAGGGUUUCUUAUUUAUCUGUCUGGAAAUGUUAUUAUGUUUCUAGGCUUCUUUGCCCCAAUUGUAUUCUUAGCACCUUAUGCCAAGCACAAGGGAAUUGAUGAAUAUUCAGCAGCUUUUUUACUCUCUAUCUUGGCUUUUGUAGAUAUGUUUGCUAGGCCGUCUAUGGGUCUCCUAGCAAAUUCAAAAUACAUCCGUCCUAAAAUCCAAUAUUUCUUUAGUUUUGCUGUUUUAUACAAUGGGAUAUGCCACAUCAUGUGCCCAUUGGCCAAUGACUACACGGGACUAGUUGUAUAUGCAGUACUUUUUGGUCUUGCUUUUGGAAUGGUCAGCAGUGUCCUUUUUGAGACAUUGAUGGAUCUUGUUGGUGCAUCAAGAUUUUCCAGUGCUGUUGGACUCGUCACCAUUGUAGAGUGCUGCCCUGUCCUCUUAGGUCCUCCAUUAGGGGGUUUGCUUGUGGACAUAACCAAAGAUUACAAAUACAUGUAUUUUGUCUGUGGCAUAAUUGUCAUUACUGCGAGCAUUUGGCUGUUCAUUGGAAACGCAAUCAAUUAUAGACUUUUGGCAAAGGAGAGGAAAGUAGAAGAAGAAAGGCAGAGAGCACUAAAGAAUGCUGAUGCCAAGGAAGUAGAACCUUUGACCCACAAAGAGAGUGAAGAAACAGUCAGCAGAUCAAGCAAAAUGCAAGAUAACCCUUCAGAAAAAGAAACUAAUAUCUAGCACAAAACCUAUUGUUCAAAUACUCAUAUUUAUAACUUCCAUUAGAAGUAUGUCUUCAAGUACAGGCCAGGUUUUGUAGUAAUUAUAAGCAGUCACAAUACUGAAUGGGAAUAGGAGUUUGCAAAAAGUAAAAUCUAGACCACAAUCCUGGUCUUUCUGGGCAGAAGGAGAAAGAUGCUGAAGAAUUCUCCAUACAAUUGUACUAUAACCUUUCCUACUCCUACCAUGCUGUCCCUGCACUAGUAGCAAUAUUGUUUUACCAGGUAUAUAUUACAACAUGCUUAGACAUUCAGCGCCAGAUGAAAUUCUUCUACACCUUGCCUUGAAGGAACCAGUCACCCAUGCUUCCCACACUUACAAGUACGGAUGUGAAAAUAUGUCUGCUUUACUUUCAUGGUGUUUCUCAAAUUUCCUUCAGCCUUCUUAUAUCAUCUGUUGUCAUCUUCUCCAAGUUCCAUGUUGGGUUGUAUGAUUAUUAUUUUUCUUCCCACAUGCAGAUUUG